AAGACAUGGAUUUACGAGGUAAUAUAUGAAUUGGUAAAGAAAGAACAGGGGGAGAUGUUCAUGGGUUUUCAAUGGUUUUCACAUGUUUGGACAGAUUUUCACGGGUCGCAUGAUUUGGCUAUUUGUUAAAAACAUACUAUAUAAUUCUAUAUAAUUCUAUCUAAUUCUGGUUACUGUGGAUGGUGCACUGAUGAAAAGAAGUGGGGCCAUCAGAGCUCUUUCGGGUUCAACAUGGCUGACCAUGAACCAUCUGUGUGCGCGCCUUGCUCCACACUCUCCCAGUCGCCGGUAUAGGCUCACCAUGGGACACCGAAGUCGCCCGCAACCGAGGCUCCACAUCUUCGUCCGAGGCCGUGUGCCGACGGAAGAGUUACACGGACGUUUGAAGGAAGUCCUCGAGGCUUCACUGAAAGCUCCUUUGGCACCCAAGUCCAAGCCCAAGCCGAACUCCAACCUCAAGCCACUCAAGCCUCAAGCUGCCCCGAGCCGCGCAGGUCAGGUACCACGCUAUGCAACACCAGCGGCCAAGCCUGACGUUGUGCCGACACAGCCUCCAGGAAAGGAUCCCAGGCUACAAGCCAAGCCCCAGGCGAAGUCCCAGCCAAUCUUCAUUGAUGAGGAUGACUGGCCUUACCAGCUUUACACCGUGAUGCAGCACAAGGACCACACGCGCUACAGGGUCACGACCCAGAAGGGUGAGUCUUUGAAAUGGAGUGGUGAGCAGACCGGAGAGCUGGAAACCACACCCUCCCCUUCGGACUUCCCUUUGCAAAUCAACGAGGAAACUUGGCAGGAACCACCGGAAGCGCCAGUGCCAGCCUCUUCGGCCGCUUCAUCGCCUCCUCCUCCUCCAAAGGAGAAGCCGCUCUCGCCCUGCAUCCUGGUCCGUGGCUUUGCACCCAGCUGGACCGAAGCGCAGAUGAAGUCGGCCUUCGCCCUCUACGGCGGCGCCGCGCGGAUCCAGCUCUCCGAGGACGAGACGUCCGGGCGCCGCGAGGCGCGGGUGCAACUGAAGAAGGCCCAGAACAUGCAGAGAGCAGUGGAGCAACUGAACGGCCAAGAAGUGGGGGAUGGCGAUGAGAUGGAAGUUUGCUGCCUGCAGUGCGAGCUUCAAGGCCUCACGAAGACCCUCUUUGCUGACGAACUGGAUCUGCAGAUCGACCUGAAGCACGACCCGACGGGCGUCGAGGUCUUCAUCAAGAACUUGACCUCCGAGAUUAGUCAAGAGGAGGCUCGCGGCUGGCUGGAGGACUUGAACUUUAGCUCCUUGCAGGAUGUGAAGCAUCUCGAGGAGUCCAAAGGUGGCGCCGGCUACGUGCGCUUUGCAGAUCACAAGGAGGCCGCCAAGUGCAUCGACGUGGCCGAAGAGAUGGACUUCGUGGCUUCUUGGUCCCAAAGUGAACGGCUUCUGGCGGCUGAACAGAGUGUCUACGGUUUUGAUUUGCUGACGACCAUGGACACGAAGCUGGAAGAGAUCAGAAAGGAUACCAAGGUGAAGAGCCUCCGGAUGUGUUCCGAGCGGCAUGGGCCUAGUGAGGCGAAGCAGCUGCACUGGCUGGCAGAGUGUGGUGAAGAAGAGAUGGCAGAGAUCCAGAAGCGCCUCGCAGAGGUACUCAAGAAGGCCUACCAAGAGGGCCAGGAAGCCAAGAAGGCUGAGGAGGCCAAGAAGGCCGAGGAAGCCAAGAAGGCGGAGGAAGCCAAGAAGGCGGAGGAAGCCAAGAAGGCGGAGGAAGCCAAGAAGGCGGAGGAAGCCAAGCAGGCAGAGGAGGCGAAGAAGGCUGAGGAGGCCAAAAGGGCUCAAGAAACCAAGAAGCCCAAGGACCUGCCUCCGGGCACCUGGCAGCUGCCCGAAGAGCGUCCGGAGGGCUGGGCCUGGGCCGAGGGCGGUGGGCCCGGUGGCAUCUCCGCCAAGGCGGACGCCGAGAGGUGCUUCAAAGAGGCACAGAACUUGGAACAGCAGAAGGAAUAUAGCAAAGCUAUCGAUACCAUCCUGGAAGGUUGCAAGAUCUUGAAAAAGGUCAAGGAGACCGACAAGAGUCAACGGGUCUCAGAACAGCUGGAGACAUUUGUGCUUAAAGCGGAGAGUUUGAAGAGUCUACGUGAGAAGGAGAAGAACUUCAACGCAGAGAAGGAGAAAGGUUACGAUCUCCUACGGCGUGGAGAUGAGAUCGAAGGCAGCGAUCCGGCUGGAAGCAGAAAGUGCUACAUCGAGGGCGUCAGGAUCCUCAUGGUGCUCAUGAAGGAGCUGGAAAAGUUCUAUGGCAAAGACCAUCAGAAGACCAAGGAGGUGCGUGCCAAGGCCGAGGCCUACAUCGAGAAAGCCGAGAAGCUCCCGACCGCGCCGCCGGAGCCGUCCGCGCCGCCGGAGCCGCCGGCCGCGCCGGCUCGGCCCACGGCGCCCGCGACGCCACCGGAGCGAACGGCGGAGCCGUCGCCUCAGGCGGCCGAGCGGGAGCCGUUGCGACGAGACCUGGAGAUGAACGAUUACAGAAAGCGCGACCGAAGCCGCGGCGAGCCCGGCUCCCCGCGCGCCGCCGGCACCGCCUCGCCGCCGCGCGCGCGGCGCGAUGCGAAGCGGAGCCGGUCUUGCAGCCGGGGGAAGAAGGACGAUUGGACGCCAGCAACGCUACUGAUGCCGAAGUGGAAAGUCACCUGGCGGAAUGUGCGUGGCCGUUGGAUCGUGUGCUUUCGCCACCUGGUGGCGAGGCCCGCUGUGGCCCGUGCCGCAGCACAGAAAUCCGAGGUCGCUGAUGCAGCUUUGUCAAGGCGCGGCGCCUCGCUACUGGCUCUCAGCCUGCCCAGCGCGGCGCAAGCGGAGGGGAGCUCCUCCGUUCAGGCUGCUCAAGUGGGCUUGCAAAGGGUGGUCGUCGAUGUGGGAAACAACGAGGGCAUGGAGAAGGAGCUGAAGUUUUGGACCAAGGCAUGUCAGAUGAAGGUCCUCAGUGACGGUGCAGGCGCCGAUGGUGCACGCUCCGUGACGGUGGGUUAUGGGCCAGAGAAGGAUGACGGCUCCUUCGCCAUUGAAAUCAAGGUGGAUCCGUCGGUGCUCACCCGGAAGAGGCCCAGCCUGCUGAACUACUCGGUGAUGCAGCCCACGGUGAACGCCUUGAACUUCACACAGAUCACCCAGCCCGACCAGAUCUUCGACAUGUACGCACGUGUGGAGGACUCUGGAGGCACUUCGCUGCUUGGCGAUGCGAGAUACCUGGACUGCGAGUCCCCUCGUGGCGUUCAAGUGCGUAUGGUGCCGCGUGAGGGUCCGCCAAGCGUGGAAAUUGUGUCCCUCAACAUUGAGGUUCCCGCCUUCGAAGCGACGAAAAAAUUCUACCAGCGGAUUGGUUCCCUGCAGGAGACCAAAUAUGAAGUUGAUGAGGAGCUCAAAAUUCCCUACUCCAUUCUCCUCAAGAGCCAGUCCGGCGGUCCCAAGCUGCUGCUGUGCCCCGUGCCCGAUUACCGCAUCAAGCAGCGGGAUCGCGACGAGUUCGUGAGCCUCUUGAUGCUUACACCCAAUGCUCAGGAGGUGGCUACAUCCGCAGAGAAGGCAAUCGUACUGGCCAAGGAGGAGCAAAAAAAGAAAGAUGAAGAGGAAAGAGAGCAGCUGUUGCUUGCUGGGAAGUCACCCGACGACGCGCCGAAGAAGGGCACCAGGGCGGACCCCUCCGUGGAGAUGGUGGGCAGUGACGUGCGCAUCAACGAUGGGGUGGGCAACAUCCUGAUCGUCAGCGACAGAAGUAGUUUCAGGAGCGCCCUCCCGGCAUAG